UAAAUAAAUAAAUUGCGGGAGGCGUUUCUUUGAAUGACCGGCCAAUGAGGAGUCGAAACUGCAGCCAGCUGCUUCGAUUGACACCUGAGCGCACCAGUCAGAUUGCCAGAAAGAAGAAAACCGGCUGUGGGGCGGAGGGGCGUCAAAGAAAAGCGGUUAGCCAAUCGUGAGAGGGGGUGGCGUUCAGAGGCGGGUGAUUGAUGGGUCGGGUGUCCAAUCGGUUUGGCGGGAUUCGCGUUGCGAGGGACAGCAAGGUGAUGAGUCUCGAUGAAUGCAAGGCGAAGGCACGGUUCUAGAAGCACCGAGCAGGGAGUGUAUCUGGGACCCUCGCACACACAGGCGCUACCCCCCCGCCCCCCCGCAGCCAGCGCCCCCCCGGAGCCCCUCAUCCACGACAUCAUGUCCUGCCGGGACCGGACCAACGAGUUCAUGUCAGCAUGCAAAUCACUACAGGGGAGACAGAAUGGUGUCCCGCUGAACAAGCCCUCCCUGACCGCAGUGAAGCAGAGGAGUGACUUCACUCUCAUGGCAAAGAGAAUCGGGAAGGAUUUGAGUAACACGUUUGCCAAACUGGAAAAGAUGACGAUACUGGCCAAAAGGAAAUCUCUGUUCGAUGACAAAGCGGUCGAGAUUGAAGAACUCACCUACAUCAUCAAACAGGAUAUCAACAGCCUGAAUAAGCAGAUUGCUCAGCUGCAGGAUUUGGUACGAGCGCACAGCUCUCAGAAUGGGAGGCACGUCCAGAGCCACUCCAACACCAUCGUCGUGUCCCUGCAGUCCAAACUGGCCUCCAUGUCGAACGACUUCAAGUCCGUGCUGGAAGUCAGAACAGAGAAUCUGAAGCAGCAGCGAUCUCGGAGGGAGCAGUUCUCUCGGCCCCCUGCCUCCACCGGACCGCGGCACGCAAACAACUUCGGCAGCUCAGUAUUGAUGCAGGAUGAGAGUCGGAGCUCUGGUGCUGUCUCCAUUGAUAUGGACUCAAGAGCCAGCCAGCAGCUCCAGCUCAUCGACGAGCAGGACUCGUACAUUCAGAGCCGGGCCGACACCAUGCAGAAUAUCGAGUCCACCAUCGUGGAGCUGGGGUCCAUCUUCCAGCAACUCGCUCACAUGGUGAAGGAGCAGGAGGAGACGGUGCAGAGGAUCGACGCCCACGUUGAGGACACGCAGCUCCACGUGGAAGGGGCUCACGGAGAGAUCCUCAAAUACUUCCAGUCCGUCACGUCCAACCGCUGGCUCCUCAUCAAGAUCUUCCUCAUCCUCAUCGUGUUCUUCAUCGUCUUCGUGGUGUUCCUGGCCUAACGAGGGAGCGGGGGGGGGGGGGGAGGAGGAGAGGAAACUUUCAUCGAAAUCGUUGACUUUUUCUUUCUAAAAUGAUUUUCAAUCAUUCUCUUUGAUACUGAACCAACAGAGAAUGAAAAGAUAAAUCUGGGAGAUCUAUAGACAGAUAUAAUCUACAAUGCCACCCUCUCCAAGCUGGUCCAGAUGAAUUGACUUGCAGGUUUGAGGUGCCCUGUGUUAAAUCGGACAGUAUCACUCGACAGUUUAUUGGGGGUCCCUCUGUUAAAUCAGGGGGCCCCCCCAGCCCCUCGACUGUCUCUCUGCUCCGCACGGCACUCUGAAUCGCUUUCCUCUUUAAAGAUUUACAGCAGCAGCGACUGAACAGAGGAGGAGGAGAACGGUUUUGUGUUUUUUUGAAGUGUCUGUAAACGUACUGGCCUGCCUGCUUCGGUAUUUAUCUGGGAAGGGGACUUCCACGAAUCUGCACGGGGACGAGCGAAGAACGAAACCAUGAAGAAUCAUUUAAAAAAAACAAAAUUAAAAAAAGACUUUAACCCAAAACCUCAGGCCGUCCCGGGGCUGCGUUCGGAUUUCUGUUCCCUGUGGCUGAGUAUAAAACAGGAAGGAAGAGCCGUGAUCCAGUCCUGGUUUCACUGGGAGUUUAAUAAUCAGACACACCUGAGCUUGUUAGCUAGACACACUGGGGGCUGAUCAAGCUGGUAGCAGUGAAACCUGGACUGGAUCACACUGCUGUGGGAUAGGAGUCUUGUUACCAGCCCUGUAAUAAUAAUGCUGGUUAUCAUCACAGGGAUGGGGGGGGCGGGGUAGGGUAAGUUACAGAAAUACAUCAUUUGGUUGGUUGACAAAAGGUUGGUUUCACAAGCCCAUGUAGCCUUUAACGGGCUGGUGAAACCAGCCUCCUGAGUAUUUAAAUAACGCGUGCGUGCGUUUUUUUUUUUUUUUGCUUCAGGUCGCUAACUGGAAUAACAUUUUCAAUCGUAGGAUGUGAUAUUUUUUUUUUUUUUUUAAGCCAAUUUUAUGUCGUUUUACAAAAAGUGCUUUAAGAAAAAUAACACCAAACUGUUUUUCACUUAAGUAACAUUCCAGCUCCUCUCUCUCUUUCUUUCUUUCUUUCUUUCUGUCCUUUUUUUUUCUCUCUCCACCAUCCCCCUCUCCAUCUCCUGCUCAAAUUAAAUGUUAAUUUAAAAAGCUGUAAAUAUAACCCCCCCCCCCUCAAUACAUUAUUUUAUUAAAAAAUAAAAAUUUCAGAGAACGCCUCGCUUCUCCUUAAUCCACAGAGACUUGCUGAGUGCGUUUCUACUGAACUGCAUCGUUUCUGUCUGAACAUCAAUAAGCUUUCUGUCUAGCUAGCACCCUGCGGGUUAAACAUCACAGCGCUGGGAGCGAGACUCCCGCUGCACAGCAGUGUGAUCCAGUCCUGGUUUCACUGGGAGUUUAAUAAUCAGACACACCUGAGCUUGUUAGCUAGACACACUGGGGGCUGAUCAAGCUGGUAGCAGUAAAACCUGGACUGGAUCACACUGCUGUGCGAUAGGAGUCUUGCUACCAGCUUAGUGCUAAUGUAAGUCUGUGAAACCAGCCUGUUUAACAAACUUAAGCUAAUCUUAAAGGCAAACAUGAGCCUACACAGUGUCCAGGGUUCAUUUAAGGACCUAAAGGUGACUGUGUUUUGUUGUCAGAAUAAAAACAUUCACUCCUUUAAAUAAAAAAGGUAAAAGUUGGAUUUUUUGGUGUUAAAAAAAUGUACAAAAGUGUCCCUUUUCGUGUGUCUCCAAAUGAAAAGCUGAAGCUCUUUAAGGAUAAUGAUGCUUUUCUCUCCUCCCUCCCUCUCAUCCCUCUCUCUCCUUUCCUCCAGUGAAUGCAGUAGAAGUUUCAAUACGCUUCUGUAAAAUUUGUAUAUAAGAGACAGAGUUAAUAAACAGUGAAUCGCACAGCGGUUCUUGAAGCAGCCUC